CAAGAUUAUUCAUGGCUACCUUUUCAUUUUAUGGUCUUUGUUUAGUGUUAUUAAUAUUUGUACUGGGAACAGUUUGUCCUGGGGCCGAAGCUCGAGCCUUUUUCGUGUUUGGAGACUCCCUCGUCGAUAAUGGAAACAACAACUAUUUGGUAACUACUGCCCGGGCCGACUCACCUCCUUACGGCAUUGAUUAUCCUACGCAUAGACCAACAGGCCGUUUCUCCAAUGGCCUCAAUAUGCCCGACCUCAUCAGUCAGCGCUUGGGGGCGGAGCCCACAUUGCCGUAUUUGAGUCCACAGCUCACAGGACAACGGCUACUCGUUGGUGCUAAUUUUGCUUCUGCGGGGAUUGGAAUACUUAAUGACACCGGAGUCCAAUUUGUGAAUAUAAUUCGGAUACCCUUGCAGUUAGAAUACUUUAGGCAGUACCAACAACGAGUAAGCGCACUUAUAGGAGCGAAACAGACCCAAAAACUUGUAAAUAACGCGCUCGUCCUCAUGACACUUGGUGGCAAUGAUUUUGUCAAUAACUACUACUUGAUUCCCUACUCAGCGCGAUCUCGACAAUAUGCUCUCCCUAAUUAUGUCCGUUUACUCAUAUCAGAAUACCAAAAGAUUUUAACGAAACUGUACAAUUUGGGAGCUCGGAGGGUUCUUGUGACAGGAACCGGUCCUUUAGGGUGUGUGCCAGCAGAACUAGCCCAGCGCAGCCAAAACGGUGAAUGUGCACCCGAACUUCAACAGGCUGCAGAACUAUUUAACCCACAACUCAACCAAAUGCUGAGUAAUCUCAAUAAUAAAAUCGGCAGUCAUGUAUUUAUCAGUGUAAACUCGAAGAAGAUGCAUUCGGACUUUAUCACUGAUCCGGGUGCCUAUGGAUUCGUGUCAUCAAAGAUUGCAUGUUGUGGGCAAGGACCAUACAAUGGACUUGGUCUAUGCACUCGGAUGUCAAACUUGUGCCCUAAUAGAGAUCUGUAUGCAUUUUGGGAUCCUUUCCAUCCAUCGGAAAGAGCCAACAAAAUCAUCGUCCAGCAAAUGAUGACAGGCUCAUCUGACUACAUGAACCCCAUGAAUCUUAGCACCAUUUUAGCCUUGGAUUCUCAAAAUUAGUCAUCAUUUAUUUCAAUAAAAUUCAUCCACUACUUUAAUUUCUUGAUUAUUAUCUAAUUUCCUUGUGUUGUAAGACUUGAAAUUUAAUGGUUUCAUAUAAUCAUUAUUUGUUUGAUAUAA